AUGGGGGUGGAAGGUAAGGCAGGGUGGUGUAGGAAUCUUCGGAAAGAGCAUGAGAUUAAUUUUAUGCUCAUUCAAGAAUCACUUUGUAUGGGUAUUGAGGACAAGGUUCUGGAAUCGUUUUGGGGAAGGGGUGAUUUUGGAUUUGAAGUAGUGGAUCCUACAGGGAGAUCAGGUGGUCUCUUCACUAUGUGGGACUGUAAUUUUUUUGACUUCUCUUCGGUGAUUAAAGAUAGAUUCUUUUUGUUGAUUUCCGGUACUUUGAAGGGUAGUGGGGAGAUUGUUAAUGUCUUAAAUAUUUAUGCACCGCAAAAAUCUACUGAGAAAAGGCGCUUAUGGGAUACUUUAGUAAGGGUUAUAUCUUCGAAUGAGGGGUUAUGGAUAUUGGGUGGAGACUUUAAUUCGGUUCGGUGUAUUGAAGAAAGGAGAAAUUCCAGAUUUAACGCUGCUGCCGCGAAUGAUUUUAUUCGUUUUAUUUCUGAGGCGGGUCUUGUAGAGUUUGGGUUGAAGAGUGGAAAGUUCACUUAUGCGGUGGGUAACAAACUUAGUAGGAUUGAUAGGUUUUUUGUGUGCGAGGAUUUCGUAAACAAAUGGCCUACUACAGUUUAUAAGAUUUUGCCUAGGGGAAAAUCUGACCACAAUCCGGUCCUCCUGCAUACGUUCUCGAGUAACUUUGGCCCAAAACCUUUCCGUUUCUUUAACUCUUGGUUGGAUCGAAAGGAUUUUAAGUUGGUUGUUCUGAAGGCGAAUGGGGAGUUCUCUUUUGUAGGUCCGUCAGAUGUUCGCUUAAUGCAUAAGUUCAGAUGUAUGCGUCAGGCUAUUACUACAUGGAGAAAUGAAGUUAAUGCGAUGGAAAAACAGGAGGAAUCGGUCCUGGUUCAGGAGAUGCUUUCUAUAGAGAAAACUUUGGAGGUUAGGGACUUAGAGGAGGAGGAGGUAUGGACAUGGGAGGAAGGGAAGAAACGGUUGUCACAAUUGGAUUUUUUCGUAGUAAAGAUCUCAAGCAACGCGCACGCAAUAAAUGGGCUAAAGACGGGGAUGCCAAUAGCAAAUUCUUCCAUGGUUUGA